ACGCUGACGAGUCAGUGCCAAGCACGUACUGCAGCUGCGUGAGGUCUACGGGAUAAUGGUAACGGACCCAUAACUACAGAGCAUUUUUGUGCCAAUCGCGCAGAGACUCGCGGACCAAAAAGAGCUCCGUCUUGAAUCUGGGAAUAGGGUUGUUUCCUCUCUGGUUUUCCCUCCACAUUCUGUCAUUAAUAACGUUUUGGAUUAAAAUAUGUUGACGCUUCUGAAGAAUCGGAUGCCUUUAACUUGAAUACUAAACAGCCAUUUGGAGAUGUCCGAGUUCCACAACCCCAAUAAAACUCGUGGUCCUGCCUACAUUUGGGAAUAUGAGUACUACGACGACGAUGAACCGGUGUCUUUCGAGGGACUCAAAGCGCACAGAUAUUCGAUCGUGAUCGGGUUCUGGGUUGGCCUGGCAGUGUUCGUCAUCUUCAUGUUCUUUGUUCUCACUCUGCUAACAAAGACUGGAGCUCCGCAUCAAGAGAACACAGAGCAGUGUGAGAAGCGAGCUCGUUCGGCCAGCUGUGCGGUGGACAUCGGCCACGAUCAGGACACAGGCAAGAAGGCGUGCUCUCGACCCCUGCUGGACGAGUCCCGCUCCCUUUUCCACUGUUACAUCAACGAGGAAGAGCGGGCUGGGGGCGGUGGCGGGGUGAAGGGCAGGGGUGGGGGCGGGGCUAGGGCUGGACAGGCCCCUAGCCUCGAUCUCCACGGCGCGCCGGCAAGCCAAAGGACAGACAGGGAGGCCAACUUCCUGGCGCACUUCAACAUCCCGAACUUUGUGAACUCGGAGCACAGCUCCACACUGGGAGACGAUGACCUGCUGCUCUGCGAGCCUCCAAUCAUCCUGGACAGCGUGUCCUGCCCCGAAAGUGCCCAUCACAUCAUCAGCUGAACUCCUCACACCAGGGUACUUUUCUGUGUGGCCUUCAUCAGCGGACAACAGUGUGCUAUCUGCAAUGCUAAUGAGUGCUUGUACACACAGCUAAUCACUUUUCGUCACCUACAGUUUUGAACCGGUAUCUUUAUUUAACUACUGACACACAGUUCAAGGAAACCACUGUGUGAUUAAAUAUUACUUGUAAAUAGAAAAGGCUUCAUAGCUAUCUGUCAGCCUCAGACCUGUCAGUGCUGGACGAAAGACCAUCAGUGGAGAUUAGCGUUCCUGCGUCAUUAUCUCAUGUACACAGGGAAGUUAUUGGUAAGACGCUAAAAUGUAGCGAUUUUAAUUUUAAGUGUAAAAGACCCGCAGAAUACAGAGCAUGUGCUAAAGUGGUAUGUCUAGACAUUCUGCACCAUACGGUCAGGUCCAGAAUUUGUGGUACCCUUGGCCUUGAUAAAGAUAAAGAACAAAAAAAAGCUGUAUUGAACUAAAGAACACAAAAGAGACAAAUGUAAAAAUAGAAUCCAUUUAUACUAAUGCAGUCGUUUCACAAAAAGAUUGGCGGCAUAAUUAAUGGCAUCCCUGUUUUCAAAACAUCAAAAAAAAUGGUGUACUCUUCCUUCGCAAGGGUGGAAUUACCAAGCCAUCUUCUAGGGUUUUAUAUUUGUGAUAUUUUUCCAUUUAUUAAAAUAAAUUACAAUUACUUAGAUGCUCUUAUCCAAAGUGACUUACGGAACUGAAUAACAUCAGUGUCAGUCUUAAUAAUACAAUAGCAUUAUCACCAAGGCCCAAAGAUAAUGAAUAAAUACAGUAAUGCUAACAUUUUACAGUAUAGUAACAAAAGUAAGUACCAUUAGACAGAUAGCCUAUCUUUGCAAACAGCUACACCAACAACAUUAUCUCAAAAGAAAUUCAAAAGAAAGGACAGCUGAAGAGGGGGUCAAGGGAACCAUGGUGCAGCCUGAAAUGGGUUAUGAUGACUGUGUUGUGUGAAGCUCAUUCUGCCAUUGGUAGCAGAAUGGAGAGGUCUGGUUGGUGCAAUGGGGUCUGAUGAAGUGUUGAAGAUAUUAUGGUCCACUAAUCGAGGACCAAGGUUUUGAAUUUGACUCAAGUUGAUAUAGGAAGCCAGCGGAGGCUACCGAACAGAAUCUUUGAAGAUCCUUUGGUCUGUGCUUGUGGAUUAGCCUCUUCAAUUCGCAAAUUUUUGAGUGGUUCAAGUCUGAAGACUUAGAUGGCAUUGCAAAACAGUAAUUUUGUGGUCAUUUCAUUGUCCCAUUUCUUGGUUGAUUUUGAGAUACUUGGGAUCAAUGCAGAAAGGUCUUCCUUUUCCAGUUUGACAUCUACUUUGUGGGAAAUAGUUAUUAAAAACAACAGAAACCCUUUUCUCUAAAAUAUACAUAAUUUUCGCUUUUUUUGAGGUGUACAGUAAUAGCUUUUUUUAAACUUUUAUUUUAUACAGCCUUUUUUGGUCAGGUUUAUCAAGGGUGUCAGGUCGCUACAUGAGCUAUGUGUCAAGAUGUUUUUCAGCUAUUUUUCAGUUGUGUAAAUUAAUGUUAGUAACUGCUGGCACAGUGACAGUACAUCGUUUCAUAUUCGGCUGUCUGGUGUGCCUACUUGAUAGACAUAGGGGGUAGGGCAUACUAAUGUUUUUAAUGUUGUAAUUGUCAAUCAUGGUAUUAUGGACACCAUUAAGUCCUGAACAUUGUAGCAAGACUUGCUUCUAAAGUACAUACUGCCAUUUAAUGUUUACUGUUUUCAUCUGAACCAUUUUUCUUAUGAAGUACACACUUACCAUGCUUGCUCAAAAACUUACUAAAAAGCUGUAGCAGAAUAAAGUUUCAUAUAUACAAAUGAAAAAAUAUACUGCCUGUUUGUACGAUCAUUUCAUUUUUCAA